AUGCGCACACUGAGGACACCGCAGCACAGAAAUGCGCACAGCUCCGAGCCAAACCCGGCUAUAGCUUCACCUCCCGGCACCCCUGACCCGUCUCUCAACACCAUGGGUUACAGGGAAUAUGGCUAACUUUGCCACACUUUGCAUGUCACGGGAAAUGCCCUGCGUUGUCUGGAGGAGAGCCGUGCUGCCGAGCGGCUGAAUUGAGAACACAAUAACACAGAGACUUGACAGAGAGAGAGAGAAGAAGCGGGGAGGUGUUGGGGGGGCAGAGAGAGACCUGAUUCCAGUCAUUUCUAUCCCGGCUCCUCUCCCACUUUGGUUUUGAGAGAUGAUCACGGAGCUGGUGUGCACCGCCGUGGCUGUGGGUCUCUAUCUGAACACGCUGGACGCAGAUUUCUGCUACGAUGACAGCCGAGCCAUCAAGACCAACCAGGACCUCCUUCCUGAGACUCCGUGGACCAACAUCCUGUACGACGACUUCUGGGGCACCCUGCUCACCCACAGCGGCAGCCACAAGUCCUACCGCCCACUCUGCACCCUCUCCUUCCGCCUCAACUACACCCUGCAUGGCCUGCGUCCCUGGGGCUACCACCUGCUGAACGUGGUGCUGCAUGGGCUGGUCACCGCCCUCUUCACGGCCUUCAGUCGCCCGCUCCUUGGCGGAGGCCUGUGGAGCCUUCUGGCUGGACUUCUCUUUGCUUCUCACCCAGUUCACACUGAAGCAGUCGCCGGUGUGGUCGGGAGGGCGGACGUUGGCGCUGCAUUGUUUUUUUUGCUGUCUCUUCUCUGCUACGUGAGACACUGCGGGCUUCGCAGGGACCCACGUGGGACUUUUCAGACCAGGCGAUGCGGCAGCGGCAGCGGCUCUGUCACCCGGUGCUGGGCCUGGAUGCUGGGCAGCCUGUGGUGCGCAGCAGCCAGUAUGCUGUGGAAGGAGCAGGGGGUGACGGUGCUGGCUGUGUCGGCUGUGUACGACCUCUUUGUGUUCCAGAGGCUCCGGUUUCGCCAGGCGCUUCUCCUCCUGCUAGGAAAGAAAAAGAACAUCAGUGUUUUGCUGAGUCUCGGCAUGCUGGCUUCCUGGGGAGUGAUUCUGCUGUCAGCUCGUCUCUACUGGAUGGGCAACAAGCCUCCCAACUUCUCCAACUCGGACAACCCCGCAGCUGACUCGCCACAUUUUCUCACUCGGACACUGACGUUCCUUCACCUGCCGGCUGCCAACGCCUGGCUGCUGCUCUGCCCCGAUAAACUCAGUUUCGACUGGUCCAUGGACGCCGUGCCCUUGGUCAGGUCCUUGGCCGACUGGAGGAACCUUCACACUGUUGCCUUUUAUAGUGGAUUUAUCCUCCUGGGGUUGUUUGGCCUCCGUGCCCCCGCCUCCAAAGCCAAGGAGACCAAUGGGAAAGCCUUUGUCACAAAUGGGAAAUCAAUCACCAAUGGGAAUGGUUACCAUGCCCCUGAUACAAACCAUAACACAGACCAGGGCCCGCCAAAGACCACCCUAAACGGGUCAGCUGGACUCCACCACUGCCCUCCACGGACAUCCCUGCCCCCUACAGAAAACUUAGUACUAUUUUCUUUGGGCAUCCUGUCGUUGCCUUUCAUCCCAGCCACAAACCUGUUCUUUUAUGUAGGUUUUGUAAUUGCAGAGAGGGUACUAUACAUCCCCAGUAUAGGCUUUUGUUUACUGGUUGCUGCUGGUGCAAGAACCCUGUACAUCAGACUGAGGACUAGAGGCUGCAAGGCCUUCCUGUUGUGUCUCUGUACGGGACUAGUGCUGCUGAAUGGACUCAGAACUGUUCAAAGAAACAGAGACUGGAGCAACGAGGAGAAUCUUUACAAGUCCGGGAUUGGUGUUAAUCCUGCCAAAGCCUGGGGAAACUUGGGGAACGUACUGAAGAACCAGGGCAAGAUGGCGGAGGCGGAGAAGGCAUACAGAAACGCUCUGCACCACCGAGGGAACAUGGCUGACAUGCUGUAUAACCUUGGCUUGCUGCUGCAGGAGAAUGAACGUUUCACUGAAGCGCUGCAUUAUUACAAGCUGGCCAUUGGGAGUCGGCCAACACUGGCAUCGGCCUACUUGAACACAGGGAUCAUCCUGAUGAACCAGGGCAACCUUGAGGAGGCCAAACGCAUCUUUCUGACCUGUGCCGACAUCCCAGAUGAGAACUUAAAGGACCCCCACGCCCACAAGAGCUCUGUCACCAGUUGCCUGUACAACCUGGGAAAGCUGCUCCAUGAGCAGGGCCAGCAGGAGGAGGCUCUGUCUAUUUAUAAGGAAGCAGUGCAGAAAAUGCCCAGACAGUUUGCACCACACAGCCUUUUCAACAUGAUGGGAGAGGCCUACAUGAGGCUGAACAGGCUGGAGGAAGCAGGCCACUGGUACAGAGAGUCCCUCAGGGCCAAGCCUGACCAUAUCCCUGCCCACCUCACUUACGGCAAACUCCUGUCCAUCAUCGGGCAGAAGACAGAAGCAGAGAAGUACUAUCUGAGAGCUAUCCAGCUCGACCCGACUAAAGGAAACUGCUACAUGCACUAUGGUCAGUUUCUGCUGGAGCAGUCUCGUCUUGGCGAGGCGGCAGAGAUGGCGGAGAGAGCUGCGGAGCUGGACAGCUCAGAGUUUGAUGUGGUUUUCAGCGCUGCUCACAUGCUCAGACAGGCCAGUCUUAAUGAGGCAGCGGAGAGGCAGUACGAGCGCGCAGCCAGCCUCAGACCAGAUUACCCGGCUGCUCUGAUGAACCUCGGUGCCAUCCUCCACCUGAACGGGAAACUUCCUGAAGCGGAGGCCAACUACCUGCGUGCACUCCAGCUCAAGCCGGAUGAUGUCAUCACCCAGUCCAACCUGCGCAAGCUGUGGAACAUCAUGGAGAGGCAGGGACUCAGGAUUAGAGCGUGGGCUCGGGAUGCAGAGGAGCACCCUUUGAACUGAGAGAGUCGCUGCACUGUUCUUUCCGUGAUGACGCAGCGUGCCCUUCAGAGAGCGAAGCAGGACAGGAUAUAAAAGAGCUGGAGGCUAAAAGCCCUCUCUACGAGACAGGAAAGACAAAUUCUGUAGAGUCGUGGCCUGUGAUGCUUGUGGGAGACAGUUUGAGGCUUGGCAUGUUUGGGAUUCAAGGGCGUAAGAGUUGUGCCCGAUAAUACGUCACCACCAGUGCUGUACGAUGGCUCAGACGACUAAAGUCACCUUUAUUAUUGAGUUUUAUAAAGCAAUGCUCAGUUGUUCAAUGAUGCACUGAAAUCAAAGGCAAAUAACCGCAAAGUCCAAAAGAAAAAAAUCUUAUGUCUAGUUAUUAUUUCACUAUUAAUAAAAACUUGGGUAUGUUAUAAAGCACUUAAUUUAAAUGAAGAUGUAGCAAAAGUAUUUAAAUAAUUUCUGCAGGAUAGGUUUGGAGAUGUCAGCUUGAAUUGGGUAAAUGACGGCAGCUGGUUUGUGGAAUUCUACUGCCAAACUGGCACCGCAACUUGCAAUGCUGCACCCGCCCCGCCCCCCACAAAUAUGACCAAUUAGUUUUACAACCUAACCCCGGGACCCAAAACCGCAAAUUCUAUGAUAAUUAUUGCACUGUUCAAGUAACUUAAUUAGGCAACAGGUUUAAAGUGAUCAUCUUGGGUGAUUUCAUACAUGUUAAACUGAGAUGAUAUAUUUUAUGUAAAGGUAAUUCAGGACAUACAAUUUCAAUUUUUUACAUAUUCUGAUCAUAAGCUUGUUUGCAAUCGAGUGGCUAUUAUGACGAAAUUCAGAUAGAGGGCAGGAAGUGAUAAUCUAUAUACUCAACCCGAAGUCGAAAUCCGGCGUGUAGGCAGUGACUUGCGCCGUCAGACACAGACGAAAAAAAGCCGUCCUUUAACGUUGGCAUGAUACACAGCCAGUCGCCAUUGUAGUUUACUGGUGCUCGGUGGCAUCAAGGGGAAACACGAUGGAACAAGAGCGAAAGUAAAGGCGGCAAAACUUCGAGUAGGGUAGGCAGGAGCGGUGGUGGAUGGGUCCAACAAUGACUAACUUUCAUUCAGUCCCGUAAGAUUCUGAUUCUUUUUUCCUAAACCCAACCAUGUGCGUUAGUUGUUGGAGGAAAAAAAACAUCAAUAUGCGUGGUUGUACAGUAAAUUUCCUGUGAAAACAGAAGUGUAUUUUGAAAGAAGACAAUGCACGUACCAGGCAGAACUUGACACUGCGUCCAUUACGAGUCUAGUAGACUAUAACUAUUUUGUGUGUGGUCAGGUCCAUGAGUCAAACGACUGUCAUCUUGUUUCUGGUCGGGUGAGAAGAUGUGCUUUUGUAUUUAAACUCUGUACAUGGAUGCACCGCUGUCAGGCUAAUGUUACUAGGUACCGUUAGCUCAUUUUAGCCACUAUUUCCUGCCUACUAGAUCAACCGUUCUAGAGGUUUGGUGAAAUGAUGUUGAAAAUCACAGAGAAGUUGUCACAGCACAUUGUAAUUGCAACUCAAGGUAUACAUUCAUUAUUUUCUGUAACUGCUUAUCCUGUUAGGGGUCGGGAGGGGCUGGAGCCUAUCCCAGCUGACACUGGUCAAGAGGCAAGGUGGACAGGUCACCAGACUAUCACAGGGCUGACACAUAGAGACAGACAACCAUUCACGCUCAUAUUUACACCUACGGACAAUUUAGAGUCACCAAUUAACCUGCAUGUCUUUGGACUGUGGGAGGAAGCUGGAAUACCCAGAGAAAACCCACGCUGACAUGGGGAGAACAUGCAAACUGCGCACAGAAGGGCUCCCCCACCCCUGGGUUCAAACCAGGAAGUUUAUGAUCCACGUCUGCCGCUGUUUCUCUGCGAGUGUUUCUGUCUUUACUAUUUUCAAGACUUAGAGAGCGAUCACACCGAGAUGAUACGCUAGAAACGUGAUGCCAGUAAAACCAUUGUUUUCCUAUGAAAACAAUGGUCUUUUUAGACGGGCAUUUUUCCGGCGUCUUUUUAGACGCGCGUUUUUGUAGACGCUGAAAAGUUAAAAUAUUUUCAACUUUUUGAGCGUCAGACGCCAGUAGCUAGCGCGCAUUGAAUAAGCGCUUCCAGCGUUUCAAGCGUCUUUGAAGCAUCCCCAUCUCUAGCGUCUCAUUUCUGUGUGAUCACUCCCUUAAAGUGGCCUUUGUUUUCUUCCACUUCCGCGAAGCACCUGCGCAGUGUUGGUCGUUUUUGCCUCCAAGUUGCCUGCAAACAAGCCGUUGAGCAGCACAUCUGUACAGUUAACGUGACUGUUAGUAACACACCUGAUUGACGCGGCUCUCAUAUUCCAGCUGGCACAGAAGAGAGACUCAACGCACAAAGUCAGCAGACAGAGGAUUAAAUUAUUAGUCAAUAUUCAAUUUAUUUUAAUAUAUUUAUGAUCCAACACCCACAAUCCAACCUGCGUGUUCUUUGUUUAACCCAGAACUGAAUAAAAUUUAGACAGUCGCGCAGGUACUUGACCCGAUGCAGGACUCUGGAUGUCACUUGAGUCAAUGUCAGUUGCAGCUAAAAACUACAAGUCUGAAGAUGCUAAAACAACAGUGGAGUUAGACCAGAGUGAGCUUACUCCUCAUGUGCGCUUGAGGCUAGCUGCUACUGGCGUAACACCCGAAUCUCUGUCCGAACUCCCGGCGGACAAGUUGCAUUGCUGGUAAAGAAGGCUCCAAGUUUUAACAAGAAAUAAGGAUGUGUGCAAUUUUUUUUAAAAAAAAGAUGCUAUCUCUGGUUCUGCUGCAUCAAUUUCAAUGGAAUGCUAAAUCAGUGGUGUACUAUUUAAAAUAUUUUAAAUGAAAAUUCUGAUUAAUUACCCUCAGGGUGCUCUCGCCUUUAACUAUUACUCUUAACACAGUAAAUCCAUAACAUAAAAAGCAUGCCAGUGCUCAGGCACCUUCAGGUACCACCGCCCUGCUACGCCCCGAUCACACAGGAGGCCCCGCACUGCCUUUAUGAAAAAAAAAAUUGAAUGCCAUGAGUAAAAAAAAGAAUGCUUGCUGCGCCUUUUUAUUGUUGCCAGGCACCUCCUUACCCUUAUUUAUUUAACAGUAGUUAGUAUCUAGUUCCUAAAAUGUUGAGGCAGAAGGUACUUGCUGUAGCUCUGGUUGAGGGUGAGAGGCUGUCAGCAAAUAGUUUGUUGGCCACAGGGAAACAGAGAUCUGUGUGGGUACAUGAGACCCUAAACAAGAUGGUGGAUCAUGGGGAGUACCACCAGUUGGUCCAGGAGCUUCUCCUCCAUGAUGGCUGUUUCCAGGCAUAUUUUAGGAGGACUCGGGGGCAGUUUGACAACCUGCUGUCUAUUGUCGGGCCGUAUAGCUCUGGGUAUCCAGCAACUGCUACCACCAGUUUCUCCUCCAUUGUUUACCAACUGUAAACUUGUUGUCGUGUCCACCACAGAAGGCCCACCUCUCAAAUCAUCCGAUUGGACAAUACGAAGAAAGCGGAGAUGAUGUGGGGCGCUUUUACUCCCUGAGUAAAAGGAGUUCAGAGUGUGCCGGCAAAAAUGCCAGGCGCCUAGAGCGCAGAAACGCGAGGUGCGUCGCAGUGCAAAAACAGUGAGCAAGAAGCUUCAUUAUCAUAGACAUAAAACAAUUACAAAAAGCCGCCUCCAGCUGCUGCAACUCUUCCUGUGUGAUCAGGGCCUAAUACAGUGCCGUGUAGUAAAUCACCCCAACCAAUUAAAAGCCAGUAGCCAAUUCACAUUCUGUUGUCCGAGUCGCUCAAGAUUGUUUGCACCUGGUGCAUUGUAAAUUCUUGUGACUGUAAACGUUAAAAACAGAUCACGGGAAAACUCCACAGCGGUGCCAAAGCUUGAACUGAGUCUUUACGCCUCUCGUGCCAAGCAAGAACUGAAAUGUGUCGUGUUCCUUGUGUCAAAUGAAGAUGUGUCAUUUCAUGUGAUCAAACGAUCAAACUUAAUUUAUUAAUACAUGUUAUUUUAUGUGAAGAAGCCAACACUGUGUCGUCACUGUCACAGUAGCCCACCCUCUCUGAUUCCUCCACAUAGACAGGCUACAGUAGGCAUCAUGACAACUACAUUAAAAUGUUUUUUUUACAUGUGUAUUUCUUUUCUCUCUGCUCAGGGACAUCAGGUUGUGGUUCCUGUCACAGAGCGGCUUUGUGACACAGAGAGAGCUUCUUAAAAUGAUGUUAGGUGUUUUUUGAUGAUUGUGAUUGUUUGGUUAAAUUAUAGAAAACUGUGUAGCUGAAAAGAAAUGUGUUGUGUUUUGUAAAGAGAAGUGAACCUUUUUUUCCAGAAUAAAAACAUGA